AUGCCAAAUCUCCCGCACAUUCCUCUCUCCCUUCCCUUCUCUCGCUCUCUCCCAUCACUGCUCAUCACAUCUCUAUCCACCCUCGCUGGCCGCAUCCUCGCUAUCUCCUUUCGCUGCCCGUCACCUCUAUCUCCCGUCGCCCGGGCUCAUCAUCAUGUCGGGGAGCUCGGCGGACGGGCAGGCGGCGGUGACGCUCUGCGACCAGCUGGCGGAGAUGGUGCCCGCCACGCAAACCAAUUAAUCCAUCCAUUCCCGUCGCCAUCGCUCUCUCCCCUCUCUUCCCGUCGCCCUCGCUCUCUGCCCUCCAUUCCCGUCGCCCUCGCUCUCUCCCUCCCCUUCCCGUCGCCCUCGCUCUCUCCCCUCCAUUCCCGUCGCCAUCGCUCUCUCCCCUCCCUUCCCGUCGCCCUCGCUCUCUGCCCUCCAUUCCGUCGCCCUCGCUCUCUCCCUCCCCUUCCCGUCGCCAUCGCUCUCUCCCCUCCCUUCCCGUCGCCCUCGCUCUCUCCCCUCCAUUCCCGUCGCCAUCGCUCUCUCCCCUCCCUUCCCGUCGCCCUCGCUCUCUCCCCUCCAUUUCCGUCGCCCUCGCUCUCUGCCCUCCAUUCCGUCGCCCUCGCUCUCUCCCUCCCCUUCCCGUCGCCAUCGCUCUCUCCCCUCCCUUCCCGUCGACCUCGCUCUCUCCCCUCCAUUCCCGUCGCCAUCGCUCUCUCCCCUCCCUUCCCGUCGCCCUCGCUCUCUCCCCUCCAUUUCCGUCGCCCUCGCUCUCUCCGUUCCCUUCCCGUCGCCAUCGCUCUCUCCCCUCCUUUCCCGUCGCCCUCGAUGCAGUCGUCGUGCUCUUCGCGCCCUUCCUCCCUGCCCUCCCAUCACCCUACCUCUUUCCGCGAUUUUUCCUUCACUUAUAUCUCUCCUCAUGCCCUCGUUUCCGUCGCCUAUUCUCGUUCUUCUCUGGUCACCUAG